AUGGCGGAGCAAAUGCCAAUCUAUCCGCCUGGGGUUUCCUUUGACCAGAAGUACGCAGAGCAUUACGAAGAAGCCCUCAAAAUGGAAGAACAAAAAUAUAUACAAGAUCCAAAGAGUUACAACCCGAAACCCUUUGAAGCACUGCCAGAACCAUCUCAGGUUGAACCAAAACUUGAGCCCGAACCAGGUAAACCUAUUCGCUUUAUUAGCGUCAAUAGUUCACAACUUACAGACGAGCAGAGGGCUAUGUAUGAAUCCGUGCUAUCCACUUGGAAACCAGUAAUGUUCCCGAAACAAGUCAAACGGUACAUCUGUGAAAAGUGCAACAAAGAAUUUAAAAAUUACCAAAAUUUAUACCUCCAUACGACUCGUGUACAUUCGACCGAAGAGUCAGCUGUUCUGUGCAACAUAUGCGACAAGUCGUUUAAGAAUAAGCAUUAUCUGUACAUGCAUAGAAUGAAUAAACAUUAUUCGGAGUCUGAGAAGUGUUUCUGCCAGUUUUGUUUGCAAGAAUUCCGGACACGGCGAGCUUUGCACAUGCACGUCAAGAGAUUCCACCCAAACACCCUACCCGAGUUGAAAUGCCCUGAGUGUGGAAAAGAAUUCCGUGUACCCUACAAACUGCGAUACCAUAUUGAUGCCUGUCACAGGCCUGAUAACGAAAAGUACAAAUGCCACAUCUGUCAAAAAUUAUAUAAAAGUCACUUAAAUUUAAAUCGCCACUUGCACUUCCAACAUUCUCAAGUGCCUCGGCAUCCAUGCGUCUUCUGCGACAUGACGUUUAAAUCUAGACAUCAUAUGAAACGUCACAUUCUUAAUAUACAUCCUCCUUUGGAAUCCAAAGUGCAAUGUCCAGAAUGUUUGAAAGAAUUUAAGAAUGACCAAUAUUUAAAGGAACACAUGCAAGUACAUUCGUCUUUAGAUUCGAAGGUCAAGUGUGAUUUGUGCGAUAAAUUCUUUCAUUCUGCAAUUCGUUUGAAGAAACAUAAGAAAAUUGUGCACCCGGAUAAGCCAAAGCUUCGCUGUGAGAAGUGUGAUAAGGAGUUUGCCCAUGCACAUUACUUAAGACGGCACCAUAACUCUGUGCAUAUGGAUGUCGACGAAAGUCAGUACGAACACGAAUGUGACCAGUGCGGAAAGAAAUUUAAAAUAAAGAGAUACCUAAAUAAUCACCUGCAGAGACAUGAGCAGCAGCAUUUGAAAAGGAUUUCUCAAAUGGUCAAAACGGUCAUGGACGACGGAACGGAGAAGAAAGCGACAAAGAGAGGCAGACCUAAAAGGACGAGAAAAGAGAUAGAGUUUGUGAAAUGCGAGCCGGUAAGCUCGGAAGAAGAGACUGGGAGUGAGGAUUCGGAAUCGGAAUAA